AUGGUAUCAAAUGGAAGUAUAUCAGAUUCAGCGCCCAAUAGUGGUCAGGCGGUCCUGGAUAACCGAAACCACUCCAUCAUCGGUGCAUUGACUGCGGGCGGACGAUCGAUAGUAUAUCAAAUGACUUCAUUUUAUCUAAGAACCCCUUUGAAAUUGUUUAGGCCAGCCAGAUUUGAUUAUUUGCACUAUGUGAGAAUCAUUCUUACCGGUGAAGAGAAGCAGAAUGCUCCGCAGAAUGAAGUUGGGAAAAACAAGAGAUUUGGAUUGCUUAGAUCGAGGUAUUUCAGUUAUUGGGAAAAUUCUUCAUUGGGUAUAUUGACUAAGGCAUUGAAUAAAUAUGGGUGGAAAGUCAUUCCAGAUAGAAUUUUACCGCCAUUGAUAGUUAACUCAGCGACUGGUGUGGUCUUGUAUACCACUUACUUGACAACUUUAGGUCAGCUUUCGAAUGGAUUUUCAACUGGUUCAUCUCUCAAAAAUCCUUGGGAUGUCUGGAGAUCAGGCUUUGUAGCAGGAGCCAUGCAGGCGUUAGUAUCUACUCCGAUAGACGCAAUUUACACUAGAUCUUCAACAAGCGAGUUCUUGUCAGUGGCUAAAAAGUACGACAAUUUAUGGCUCUAUGGACGUGAUAAACUUAUGGAGAUUGGGUUGAUAGGUUGUUUCGGAGGAUUUGGAAUUGCCUUAAUCAAAGAAUCCUUCGGCUUUGCUGUCUAUUUUACAACUUUCGAGAUGGUCAGAGGCCAACUUUGUGAAUGGUUUAAAAGUGCUAUCAGGCAGUACGCAGAAGUCAAAUAUGUGAUCAACAAUAUCAAACUUGCAGAUCUAAUACCGUCAAAAUCUGCCCCACAAGAAACUACCCCAACUAAAAUGGAUUUUUUAUCAAAAAAGGAAGAGAAGUGGCUCAAUAGAGCUUUCAUCUUCGUUGGUGGAGUCACGGCAGCUUUCCUAUUACAAGUGGUACAAUACCCAUUCAGGAAGAUUCAAAAAAUUCACCAGUCAAGGUUGGAAGCUUUUGAUAUAUUUAACAGGUCAUUAACAGGUCAGCCAUCACCUAAGUCCAUUACUGAUGCAACAAAAAUCUGGGUUUCAGAACCGGCUAGCAGGCGGCUGCAUAUUUACUAUAACUCAUACUUGGACACUUUUGAGCACAUCCACUUCAUUCACAAAAAUACCAACUCUUUGCUACGAUGGCUGUAUAAGGGAUUCACCAGAAACACAUUAGCCAUCAUUCCAGGAACGACAGCGGGGCUUCUUAUGUUGGACUACAUGCGAAGUUCAUUUGAGCAGUCUCUACCUGACCGACUAGAAGAGUCGUGA